AUGUCAAACGAACUUAUCCUUUGUGUUUGGGAUCAGUUAGCAGCUGCAGAUGUCAUAUACAGUUUCUUACAUCUUAAUACUCGUAUUAAUUCGUUAUUGUUAGAAUUUUGUGAACUUUACAAACAAUUGGAUUUACGUUAUUGUUCAUUAUCAGCUUGUCGAUUCUUUUGUCAUCAAGUACCAACUAUGAUAGAGUGGCGUCUUGGUCUUACUGUUCUUAAAUUAGGCAAUCGUUAUCGAUGUUCUCAAAUGGAUAUGUUUGCAGACGAAGUGACAAAAUCAAUCGUCGCAAGUCAUUUUGCAAGGAAAGGAAAAUCAUUUACUAAUGUACCCAAAAAUUUCUUCCGUAUCUUAUUGUUACAUAGCAAGCAAAUAAAACCAAUAUUUCCUCAAUUGAUUACUCUCGUUGUUUUCCAAUCUGUAUCGAUUAACGAAGAUUCCCGAGACGUACUAUUAUUUGCUGUAGCUGGUGGAUCAUCAAUGCGUACAUUUACUUGGAAUGCUUGUUCUAAUCAAACUUAUCAUUCAAGAGAUUUGUUUGAUUGGUUAUUUCACUGUUCGACUAAUCUCGUUAGUUAUAAAUUACAAACUCCACUACGUGAAAACGGUUUCGAACUCAAAUAUGAACAUACAAUCGUUAAUGCUUAUGGUCCUCAUCAUUCUCUCAUCUAUCUCAAAAUCAGUGUUCUCAACUUAAAUACACUUUAUGUACUUCUUCAUUAUCUUCCUCAACUUAAACAUUUAGAUGUAUAUAUUAGCAGCAUUAUUGAUUCAAUUAAUACUACUGAUCAAAAUCUGGCAACAAAAUUAAAUUAUUCAAAAAAACUUCGUGUGUUUAAUUUAAGGAAUUUGAGGAUCGGUGGAUCAGAUUGCAGUUGUCUUGAGCAAUUAAUGGAUAAAUUCACAAAUACGGUAGAAGAAUUUUCUUUAUGUUUAACUCAUUUUUGUAAUGAAUUAAUUAGCUGGUUUCGUUUAUUACCGAAAGUAAAAUGUCUUUAUGUUAAUUCAACUGAACUGAAAUAUUGGUUUGCUAACGAUCGUGACAAUCAAUAUCUCGAUACUUUCCUUCGCCAUCUUGAUCGAGUAUAUGUAGAUUGUUCGUCUAUUAUCAAUAUAAACAUAAGCGAAGAAAUAAUGUUACCACUUCUUUCUUUCGUUAUUGACAAAGACCGUUUUCCUCAAUUGCAAUAUUUACGUUUUAUUAAAUGCAAACAUAUCUCAUCAGCAUGGUGCAACAUUCACAAAUGGAUUGAUUUCAUUUUCACUCAUAUUAAUGAACAUCAACUUAAAUGUUUACGUUUUGAUUUUACUGAAAAAGAAUAUGAAGUAACUGAUAUGAAGACGAAUAAUGAAACAAUCAUAAUGACUGAACCUCCAUGUGUUGUUGAUAUUUACCGAUUUGUAUCAGAGAAUCAUAUUUCAUUUUGGAUAGAACGGAAAUAUAAAUAA